CCGCGGGCACCGGCAGCGCCGUGUGCGGCAGGCGGGCGGGUCUGGGAGGGGCUGAGCAGAGCUCGGGGCUGCGGGGGACGGAGCCGCGCUCGCGGUCGGCGGGGUCGUCCCAGGUCCUGAAGCGACUCUCUGGAGAUACCCUUUUUGAAAACUUAAAAAGCAAGGACAAUUCUGUUUUAAUAAAUGAAGGAGAAUAAAGAAAAUUCCAGCCCUUCUGUAAACUUGGCAAACCUGGACCAUACAAAGCCAUGUUGGUACUGGGAUAAGAAAGAUUUGGCACAUACUCCAUCCCAACUAGAAGGGCUUGAUCCAGCUACUGAGGCUCGAUACCGCAGGGAGGGGGCCAGAUUCAUAUUCGAUGUGGGAACACGUUUAGGGCUACAUUAUGAUACUCUAGCAACUGGAAUAAUUUAUUUCCAUCGGUUUUAUAUGUUUCAUUCCUUCAAACAGUUUCCAAGAUAUGUGACAGGAGCCUGCUGUCUCUUCCUAGCGGGAAAGGUUGAAGAAACACCUAAGAAAUGUAAAGAUAUAAUUAAAACAGCUCGUAGCUUGCUAAAUGAUGUACAGUUUGGACAGUUUGGAGAUGACCCAAAGGAAGAAGUGAUGGUGCUUGAAAGAAUCUUACUACAAACAAUAAAGUUUGAUUUGCAAGUGGAACAUCCAUACCAAUUUCUUCUCAAGUAUGCCAAACAACUCAAAGGAGACAAAAAUAAAAUUCAAAAACUGGUUCAAAUGGCAUGGACAUUUGUCAAUGACAGUCUCUGCACUACCCUGUCCCUGCAGUGGGAGCCUGAGAUCAUAGCUGUUGCAGUUAUGUACUUAGCAGGACGUUUGUGUAAGUUUGAAAUACAAGAAUGGACAUCAAAACCAAUGUACAGACGAUGGUGGGAGCAGUUUGUCCAAGAUGUUCCUGUUGAUGUUUUGGAAGAUAUCUGUCAUCAGAUCCUGGAUCUGUACUCACAAGGAAAACAGCAAAUGCCUCAUCAUACUCCUCACCAGUUGCAGCAGCCACCAUCUCUUCAAUCUACACCCCAGGCACCUACAGUACAGCAGUCACAGCAGUCCCAGAGUUCAGAGCAAUCACAGACUCAGCAGCAAAAAGAGUCGCAACAGUCAGCACAGCAACAGCAGCAGCAGCAGCAGCAAACACAAGCACAGCAAUCUAAAAAGCCCUCUCCCCAGUCAAGUCCUCCUAGACAGACUAAAAGACCAGCAGCUGUAUCUCCAAAAGAAGAAGCAAAGACAACAGAACCACCGCCACCAUCUAAAAUUUCUAAAAUUGAAACUUCACAUCCACCAAUACCUCCUGCACAUCCCCCUCCAGAGCGGAAGCCUCCUUUGACAACUGCAGUUUCAAUGGGAGAACCAGAGCAAUCUACUACUGUGGACUCAGUAGAUAUGCCAAAGGUCCAGAUUCCUCCCCCUGCUCAUCCUGCCCCAGUACAUCAACCUCCACCUCUGCCACAUCGUCCCCCACCCCCACCCCCCACCAGUUAUAUUACAGGGAUGUCUACUACAAAUUCUUACAUGUCAGGGGAGGGUUAUCAAAGUCUUCAGUCAAUGAUGAAAACAGAAGGACCAACAUACGGAGCUUUACCACCGGCCUAUGGACCACCAACUCAUCUACCAUAUCAUCCUCAUGUCUAUCCUCCCAACCCUCCACCACCAGUUCCACCUCCUCCCCCUGCUUCUUUCCCCCCACCCAAUAUUCCACCUCCUACUCCUGGAUAUCCUCCUCCACCUACAUACAAUCCUAAUUUCCCACCUCCGAGACUGCCUCCAACUCAUGCAGUACCACCUCAUCCACCUCCAGGGCUGGGAAUGCCACCAGCUAGUUACCCCCCGCCUACUGUUCCCCCAGGUGGACAGCCACCUGUCCCACCUCCAAUUCCACCACCUGGUAUGCCACCUGUAGCAGGACUGGGACGUGCUACAUGGAUGAGAUAGCAUGAGGUUUCGGCUCUGACACUGCAAAUUCUUCACCCAGGCAGCUAGUUUAUUGUACGCCAUGGGACCAAUUACCUUUCAUGAGUUGCAGCAUGGGCUCCUUGGUAUUGUAUUGGUGCUCCUUGUUAAUACAAUACCACAAGUCAAGAACUCAACUGGUAGAACAAAUUAAUUUAAGAGGAAGAACCUGUCUAGCUAAUUCAGCUGUCUGUAGCUGUGACUGAUUCUUACAGAGAAUAAAAGGAAAGGAAUGGUGUUUGAGGUCAUUACAUCUUCAAAAUAAUCACUAAAAUCAAUGCAACUUUUGAAGAGGAGGCUUUGAUCUUUUCACAUGCCUGUCUUUAAAAUUAUGUUACAGAAAUGAGUUCUAAUAACGAAGCCCCGCUUCCUUGGACUAUUGGGAAAGAACAUCUAAUGAAAUACAGGGACAGCUGCUGUGACAACUUGGAAAAGGAGGGAGUCAAAUUCUUACAACUACACAGGCAGCUACUCCACAAUAGCAAAAUAUAAGUCCCAUUGUUUUAUAUACAACCAUUUGAAGAAGGAAAAACUCACUUGUUUUGGUUCAUUCACAAAAAUAAAGCUUGAAUGGCAGGAAGCAGUCUCACCUGAUAGCCCGUGUUUAUGGAGUUUUUAUUCAGCUCUGCAAGGUUGUUUGGUUACCUUACACAGGAACCAGUAUAGGUGAGGGAUCCAGCAAGAACAUUAAAAAAACCCACCCAAAUCUUCCUUAUGUGAAAGAUGAGCUGCUCUUGAAGAUCCUGUGAAAGCCAUAAGCACUGCUAGGAUGGCAGUUUCUGCUGAAUUACUUUGUAGUGAAAGCUUUACAGGAAAAGUGUUGCCGUAUUUGUAGGGAAUACUGGUGUGUGGCUAAAUGACUUCAUUCAC